AUGCGAGAAGCGUCACGCUCGGUCCCAUUGCGCGGUCACGAUGGGAAGAGCUUUCACCCGACCUCACCGCACCAAGCAGCUACAGCUGUCGGUAGAAGAAGUGGCCUCUCAUCGACCGCCGUCGACCGGACCACUGCUGGUCCAGGCGCAACGUCUCAUCGAACUGCACCGUCAGAGUCCAGCGGGACUCGCAGCGGGGCGCCCAAGGUGCUGUCCUCCUCGCCAGUGACAAUUGGCGGCAAGAAAAGAUAUCCCUGCGCAUUUCCGGAAUGCGACAAGACAUUCUCUACCAGCGGCCACGCCGCUCGGCAUCACCGCAUCCACUCUGGUCGCAAGCCAUACAGGUGCACGUUCCCCGGCUGUAACGCUAGCUUUUCGAGGCAGGACAACAGCUUACAG